CUGGACGUAAUAUCUGUGGUUGCCGGACCCCAUGUCGGGCGCUCCCAGAAUCAGCUGUUCAGCUGUCAAUAAAUCCGCCUGCGACGAUUAAAAAUCGCUGUUUCUGUGUUGUUAUAAAUAAGGACACUAAUCUUUAUCGUUAUUGUACCACAGUUACCAUAAAGAAUUGUGUAUUUCAAUCAUGGCUUCAUCAAAGCCGUCCAAAACAAGGAGAAUCCGAAUGCCUGGAACUCCUCGAGCCUCGGGAAGUGACGAUUUCGGUGCUGGAUUUUUGUCCCUUUCGUUUGGUCGUACUGAUCCCAUGGAAGGCUCUGAUCCUGUUUCCAUUCUUCCUCCUGCAUUUCGUAGUAGGCUUUAUGGCCUCUUUAAUCAGAUUGAAAGGGAGUUUGAAGCACUCUACUCUGAAAACCUCCUGUUGCAAGAAAAAGUUGAUUCUUUAAGUGAGAGAACUGAUAGAGAUGGAAUAAUAAUUGGAGAGAGAGGUGGAUUGGAUCAGACUGAUUUUGACUCCUUCUUUACUCGUAACUUGUUGAAACAGAAAUCAAGUACAGGAAGUGCUCAGAAAAUGAAGCCCAGUCACCGAUUGAAAGCACAAACUAGUAGAAUUGUUUCAAGUUUCAAGGCACCAGCCAUCACUUGUGCCCUUUCACGACAAUUCCGUGGUCACAGAGAUGGCGUUUGGGAUGUGACUACUUCCAAAACCUUCCCACUCGUUGGAUCGGCCUCUGCAGAUGGCACAGCUUGCAUUUGGAGCACAGAGUCUAGCCGUUGUCUUCUUCAAUAUCAAGGACACAAAGGUUCAGUUAAUUCCAUGAGGUUUCAUCCAACCAAGGAUCUCGUCAUGACGGCAUCGGGAGAUCAGACUUGUCACUUAUGGCAAGCUGCAAUUUCACCCGAGCAGAUGUAUUCGCAGCAAAAGGGACUUUCUUCGGAAGAAGAAGUGGAGACGUCCGAGAGAGAGGAUAAUCUAGGACCAGCCGAUGAAGAUUACACACUUCCUGUCGGUCCGUGGGCGACACUGCGUACUCCAGUAUGCGAACUCGUAGGUCACACGAACGCGGUAAUUGCAGCUGACUGGAUAGCCGGAGGUGAACAAGCUGUCACUGCUUCCUGGGAUCGUACUGCCAAUAUUUGGGAUGUAACGACUGGGGAGCUUCUUCACCAGCUUGUUGGACACGACCAAGAACUCACUCACACUUCAGCACACCCUAUUCAGAGACUGGUCGUCACUGCGUCGAAGGACACAACGUUCCGUCUAUGGGAUUUCCGUGACCCGAUCCACUCGGUUUCUGUAUUCCAAGGGCAUUCAGAAGUCGUUACUUGUGUCACUUUCACCCGAGAAGAUAAGGUGGUUUCCGGCUCCGACGACCGGACUGCUAAAGUAUGGGACUUGCGAAAUAUGCGUUCUCCUCUGGCUUCCAUUCGCUGCGAUAGUCCUGUGAACAAGGUGUCUGUUUCUCCAACUAACGUUAUUGCUGUCCCCCUGGACAAUCGUAACGUGCUUCUCUUUGAUCUCAACGGCCAACGGCUCGCUCGCCUUCCGCGGAGCAAUCGCACGGGCCAUCGUCGUAUGGUGUGCGCCACUGCAUGGUCUGAAGAAAACAUUAACACUCGCUGCAAUCUCUUUACGUGCGGAUUUGAUCGAAUGGUAUAUGGAUGGAAUGUUCAGCCCAACAAAGAAUUGAAAGAUUGAUUAUCAACAUAGAAUGAGUGAUCAACAUAAUAUAUAUAGCAUCUCUCUAAUCAUUUUUUUUUUCAUUAACGUUGUUGCAUUAUUUAAAGCACUAAGAAUCUUAUACAAGUUUUUCCGUGUUUCGAUGUUUUGUGUAAAAAUCUAACUAAAAGAUCCAGCACCAGAUGUCGCCUGAAAAUGUUUACUAAAAUGAAAGGACUUGGAGUUCUAAUACAAAAAUGUUUCAAUCACA